AUGCUAGCUAAGAAGUGUCUGCUUCCUGUGGUCCGUGAUGGGGCCAACCGGAUGCAUUUCUGUUCAUCGGCAACAGGAAAGGAUCGUUUUCCACUGGAGGGCAUAAAAAUUCUCGAUCUUACGCGCAUCGUUGCUGGACCAUACUGUACCAUGGUGCUGGGAGAUCUCGGUGCGGAGGUGUACAAGAUCGAGCGACCAUUCGCAGGAGAUGAAUCACGCAAAUGGGGACCACCGUUCAUGCGCAAUUCCACUGAUUCGGUGUACUUCAUGGCCGCGAACCGAAAUAAGAAAAGCGUCUGCGUGAACUUAAAAACCGGCCGUGAGAUAAUCUACGAGUUGGCCAAGAAGUGCGAUGUGCUGGUGGAAAACUACGUUCCUGGGAAACUGGAUGGCCUUGGUCUCGGCUAUGAGACUAUAAAAACGAUUGCUCCUGGUCUCGUGUACUGCUCCAUCACGGGAUUCGGUUCCGAGGGUCCUUACCGAUCGAAACCCGGGUACGACGUCAUCGCGGCAUCCAUGGGUGGAUUGUUGCACAUCACAGGAAGUGAAAAUGGACCCCCGGCAAAAGUCGGUAUUGCCAUUACGGACAUUGCCACUGGGCUGUAUGCGCAUGGUGCCAUACUUGCUGCGUUAUUGCAGCGACACCGAACUGGCCGUGGUCAGAAGAUAGAUGUAAACUUGUUCUCUACUCAAGUAGCCUGUCUAAUAAAUGUGGCUAGCAACUAUCUCAAUGCCGGAAAGGAAGCCAAACGUUGGGGCACCGCACAUGAAAGCAUUGUGCCGUAUGAGGCGUUCGAAACUCAGACAGGCUUCAUCACGCUGGGAUGCGGAAGUGAUGCACAAUUUGCAUCACUUUGCAAUCUGCUGGGAAUGAAGGAGCUGGCACAAGACGAACGGUUCUUGUGUAAUCAGAAACGUGUCAGUCACAGACAGGAACUGAUUGCAAUUAUUGCAGAUGUCAUGAAACGCAAAUCCUCCAAGGAAUGGAUGGACAUUUUCAAAGUAGCUUCUUUUCCGGUUGGUCCUAUCAAUAGUAUGAAAGAGGUUUUCGAGGAUCAUCACGUGCAGGCGAUUGGGUUGGUGAAGACGUUGCCUCAUCCUUUGGCCGGGAAGGUGAAACUUGUCGGUCCGCCCGUAGUGUACGGUGAAGCUCGGAAUGAAAUCAUGUCAAUUCCCCCCCAGCUGGGCCAGCACACGAACGAGGUGCUGAGCGGGUUGCUUGGGUAUGGAGAGAAACAAAUAGAGCUUUUAAGAAAAGAUAAAAUCAUACAGUAACUUGACAAACGGCAGUAGAGUAAUCGAAGAGGACAGUUUUGAUUGCAGCUAUAAUUUACGAAUGUGCAUCGUGAUUAGAAGUG